AUGGCUGACGAGGAGCUGAGUGCCCAAGCUGCCAAAAAGGACAGUUUGUCCCCCAGCAGCUCCCGGGGCAGCACGACUGAGUCAAGCAUCCUGCUGCAGGAGCUGAAGAGCACCAUCUCCAAAGCCGUGCAGAGCAAAGUCGACUCCAUCCUGCAAGAUGUCCAGAAGUUCUCAGACAACGACAAGCUCUAUCUCUACCUCCAGCUGCCGACGGGACCAAGCCUGGGGGAGAAGAGCAGCAGCCUGGACCUGAGCUCACUGAGCACAGCCGAGUACAUGCACGCGUGCAACUGGAUCCGGAAUCACCUGGAGGAGCACACGGACACCUGCCUGCCCAAGCAGGAUGUCUACGAUGCCUACAAGCGAUACUGCGAUAACCUCUGCUGCCGCCCGCUGAGCGCUGCCAACUUCGGCAAGAUCAUCCGGGAGAUCUUCCCAAAAAUCAAAGCCCGGCGGCUGGGAGGCCGAGGACAGUCCAAGUACUGCUACAGCGGGAUCCGGAGGAAGACGAUGGUCAGCCUGCCACCCCUGCCCAGCCUGGACCUCAAAGUGACAGAGACCCAGUCGGAGCUGACGGAUCUGGUGCAGUCCUACAACAUCGAGGUGAUGGAGGCAGCCUGCGCCCUGACCUGCGACUGGGCCGAGAAGAUCCUCAAGCGCUCCUUCAACAACAUCGUGGAGGUGGCCCAGUUCCUCAUCCAGCAGCACAUCAUCAGCUCCCGCUCGGCCCAUGCCGACCUGGUCAUGGCCAUGGUGGUCUCAGAGGGCACAGAGAAGAUCCACCGUGAGAGCCGGACCCCGCCGACAGCAAGGAAGAGCAGCGUGGACACCUCUGAGAGUGGUGACAGGAGCCAGGGGCAG